AUGACUGAGACUGAGUGCGCAAAACAGCUGUGUGAAACCCUUGAACCGGAGGUGAAGUUGACAGAGCAGACUACGGGCAAGAUCAGACUUGACACACCUCGUCCCAAUCGCUUUGAUACUGGCCUCGGUCUGCUGAAGGCGUCUAAGCUCAGGAAAAAGAGUCAUAUCAGCUGCUCAUCUGGAGGUUCCAGAAGCGAGGGCACUCCGUAUGCUCAAAGUGCCACUGCAGAGUCCCCAGUUGGAGAUCGUGUCACCUCCCAGCCCGUCCCCAGCUCGGCGCCCGCUCGAUCAUUAUCACUCAACUUAGGUCAGAGCCCCAUACUGGUUAGCAGUCAGGCCAGUGUACCUGUUACAGCCAAGGAUUCUAGAUGUGGAGCCUCUGCCCAAAGCCCUGCUCCCUCAGAACCCACUUUGGUGCUCAGCUCCAAGGCGAGACAGGGCCAGCUUCCCACGGGUCCUAGUCCUGGAGAUGGCACCCCUAGCCGCCCAAGUAUAUCUUAUACCCAACACUCCAACAGCUCUCUGGAGGAACACAGGAUGGUGGCAAGGUCUUCCCAUCAGGGUUCUUCUUUUGAGUUCUCGGGACACUUGGCAGACGUGUCUAACACCUCGGAGUCAACCCAGGACCAGAAUUCUUAUGGUAGAAGCCUCUUGUGUGCCGACACUCCAUCACCUUCCAUUUCAUCCGGCUUUGGGUCCCGGAACUUAUCUGGUUCUAGUUUACCUACGUCAUCUUCAAACUUUGUGAAAGAGUUGUCGUCCAUCACAGAGACCGAAGAGUCAGUGGAUGAAAAGAACCAAAGUGGGAGUUCGGAAGACGUCUGGUACACACCUCCGUCACCCUCGCAGCUGCCUACCAGAGACGUCCGUCAGGCCUAUGUCUCGUCACUCCUCAGCAGCCCAGAGUUUACCUUUAAGGCAGCGCCAACUCCUAAGCUUUUCUCACAGAGAAUGGGACCAUCUGAAUCAUUUAGGCAGUCAGACAUAACACAGAACAAGAUUUCUUCAACUACGACCAAGAACCACAGUCGGCAGCAUCUUGGAGGUUCAGAUCAAGCACAGGAAUGGGUACCAGGCCCGCAACCGAAGUCUACAGUAGGACAGCUAGAAAUGGAAUUAGAAUCUGGAGUGGGGGAGAGCCCGAAAUACCAAUCCAACACCAUUCGAACAUCGACACCAGGAAAGACACAGAUAUCCCAGAUAGAUUAUUCAUCACAUACUGUGAUGGUUGCUGGGGAGGAUACUACUGCAUCUGAGUGUACAGAGCUAAACAAAGCUGGUUUCAUAGAAGACAUGGAGGUGGAGACUGAGGAAGCAUCAGACCAAAUGAUGAACAGCUCUCAUUUGCAGUCGUCACAGGGCUUUAUCGUGGAAGCGGAUGGAGAAGCUGAUGGCACUAGAACACACGACCUGGCUGAUAAAUCUUCGACUGGGUGUGUGGAAGUUUCGCAAGAUGCUUUAACAGAUAGCAGAGUCGCCUCGGCCCUAACAACUGCUCCUCCAAGCAGCACCCCUCCACCAAACAGCACUCCCGCUUUCACACAUUCGACUCCUUCUAGCACUACAGAGGUCCAUAAAGACCUUUUUACAUCUUCCGUGUGCAUCGAUAUGCCGUCGAGCAGCGACAGUUCGACAGCAGACUCAGCCCUCUCAACGCCAUACUCAGCGAAAACGCCGGUUUCCUACGCACAAUCGAUGCCCACGAGUCCUGUUCAGAAUGAGUCUCUCACAGCAAUGGAUGGAAUUGGACGACAAGAGGAGUCCGGAUCUUCCAGUCCCAUUCCUAAGUUACCAGUCAAGAGGAAUAUUUUCUACAGUUCCCCUGUGCCCCUUUCGGAGGCCGGGACCCACAUGCCCGCCCCAAGCAGCAGCAAUUCCCCAACCAUCUCCUGGACCCCCCAGUCAUCCUCGCCGUUCUUCGCCAGCGAGAGUUUGCAGACGUCCGUAGUCCAGUCUCAGGGUACCUCGAGGAAGCCGGAGAAGCCUCCCUCGCCAGGAAGUCCCUUUGGCUUCAUGUUAGGGGGACGUUCGGAUGCUGGCAGAGUGGCGGCCGGAGCUCUUAGUCUCUUUGGCUCGCCAGGGAACACGGAUGGUCUUGACGACGCCAGCCAGCAAAGUUCCGGUGUUAACUUCUCACUGUUCGGCGACUCCCAGCCAUCUCAAGAAAGGGACAGUGGAGGAGGCUUCUUCAAUUUCAACUUCAGCGGGACACAGGGUUCUCCCAGCACCAACUUCUCUCCCGUAUCAGAGUUCUUUUAUAUAAAGUCUUCCUCUUCCAUAUCCGUCAAGGAGGUCGAAUCUUCGUAUACUAGAGCUGGCCAAAGUAAAUGCUAA